CUGCGGUAUAGCUAGCGUGUUACUCUGAUGUCUGAUAGCAGGUAGGGUAUUGAUACACUUUACAUGUUAUUGUGACAUGAAGUUUGCUAAUGUAUGUUUACUAGGUGCUACAGUCGUAGUGGUGACUGUGGCCGCACAAGAUCUGAAUGAAGCUGAUAGUAUUUGUUGUGCACAAAAGCUUCGAGGUGGUCUGGUUCCAGAGUCGUUCUCGGAUGGACGACUUUGUAGCUCGUAUGAGUGCCCUGGAGAUUACUUCCACAACACCGAUUUACUAGACCAAGAGCAAUGUGUUAAUGGGUGCAAUGUAGACACUUGUUGUCUAACGACAGAAUUGUACGAGGUGUAUCUAGAUAGCCUAAUUCCCCGGUCAAAUUUCACCAUCAUCAUCGAAGAUGUCUUCGGCAAUUCAUUGGUUGGAUUUGUAACCGUCACUAAUACAGCAAAUGCUGAUGAGACAUACACUUCAAAGAACUCGACAAAUCUGAUCACUGUCUAUCAGGGAACUACAAAUCACGAAAUUGUCGUUGUUGAUGUCGACCCAGCUUAUCGACUUAUCAAGGAAGAUGGCGGCGAUAGCACUUUGGAUGGUACAACAAAAAAAAAAGCUGAUAAGAACAGGACGAUCAAAUUUAUAUAUGAGCUAAUCCGAUACUGUUCGGAGGAAGUCGGUGGUUGUGGUGUCGGGGAGUUUGUACAAUUUCCGAGCAAGGCUUGCGUUGACAAUACCUGUAAUGAGUGCUGCGUGCCAAAACUCUGUGCCGAAUUCGCAUCCUGCGAUGGUCGUAAGGACCACACUACUGGUGACGAGGAAUGUACUGAUAAUGUUUGCUCGAACUGUUGCGGCACUUGCUACGAUGGUCUUCUCGAUAAAACCGAAGAGUGUGAAUACAAGGAAGACAUUGAUAAAUGGAUUGUGCCUAAGGGAUCCGCCAGCGGCACCGACAGUGGCGUGCCCGACUAUGACUUCUUGGAUGCCACCAAGCAAUGCGACUCUGAUAUCUGCAUCAUAAUAGAAUGUACGGCAACGGAGUCGUGGCAACGGAUUUGUAUGGCGAACUCUCAUUGGAUUCCCACCGAGUUUGUCCAUACGCUGGACGUGCCGAAGUUUGAUGUUUCACUCGUACCAGUGGAUAUUAGUAGUAUCGACUACCACGUUAUCGGCCAAGUUGCUGGUGAUAUGUUGAUUGAGGACGCUCGUGCCAAGCAAGAAGGCGAAAUUGUCGCUACCACAUCGUUCGCCUCACAGCUGAAGUUCGAAUCCAGUACUGUUGGUAUUUUGACUGUCACCCCCAAAAUGGAUGAGGUGCACCUCAUUGCGCCUGGGGGCAGUCUUCUAUUGUCAUCCAAGGAUGGUGAAUACUACGCAAUCGCCCAAUUAACCGGUGUUGUCGACGAAGCGAAUUACGAUGUAUUUGCGGGUGCUACCGGCAGUUCGCAUCAGGUAACUCUCACGGGUACAUCGCAAACAACUGUUGGUGGGUUUGGUAUGAGUGUUACGAUAGCUAACAAUGCUGGAGGUGCCUUCCGUAUUCGUUACAAAUACAAUUGGUGCCCAACCCCUCUAACUUCCGCGAGGGGUACCUUCGAGGACCACAACGACGCGUGCAUGGACAUGCCUCGCGAUGAAACUUGGGCCGAUGGACCGUCGUGUGGUGAUGGUGUACAGAACUUAGAACUAAACGAGGAGUGUGAUUACCUCGCAGGCACCACCGAGACACUUCAUUGUUCCGACGAGUGCACGCUGGUGGGCAACACUUGCGGUGACGGGGUGGUGUGGGGAGACGAAGAAUGUGAUUAUACGAUCGAUGGUAGUAUUGUGCAGGACGAGUUUGCUACGUACCCGCCUCCCGAGAGUUCUCGAUGUCGCAAGACCACCGAUGCCACUGGCGGCACGCAUUGCACUAUUGAAGCCACAAUCUGCGGAGAUGGCGUCAUCACCGACAACGAGGACUGCGAGUAUGUAGCCGGUGAGCGAGGUCAACUAGCACCAGCCGAUGAAGGAAUCGGAUAUUGCUUAGACACAUGUGAUGUGACACCAAUUGUCGAUUGUACAACCAAGCGUGUACCUCUGUGUGAUUGUGACACGGAAGUGUUGUACACAAAUUAUGUGCAAACAGCGGAACCUUCUUUGUUUGGUAAUUCAAUAUGCCUCGACAUGUUCGGAAACGAGUUGACCUUCUCAGCCGGAGUUGCCGAAGGAUUGAAUGAGGGUUCGUGUAUAUGUGUUUGUUACAACGGAAUUAACGAUCCCAAUGAAGAGUGUGAUGUUGGCCCUGAAGACGGUUCUCUCAACAGCCGAGAGACGUGUGUGAAUUGUAAGAUAGUUAGCAGUUACUGUGGAGAUGGUAUCGUUGACCCGCUUCAAGGGGAAGAGUGCGACCGGCCGUGGUCAUAUGACCCAGCUGAUGAUAAGUACUAUGAGGGUGGCACUAAGUUCUGCAAUUCAAAGUGCAAGCUUCAGUCCGUUGGCGAGUGUGAAUGGUUAGAGUAUGACACCGACUGCAGAUGUUCUAGCACGGACACUUUGAAUGGAGAUAUCGAGACCACCUACAAAACUGUAUUGGAGGCUCAGCCUCAGGGCUACUUAGGGGGUUGCCCUAUUGAGCCAACGUACAGACCUUGCGAGUGCGAUUGCGUUGGUGAAUUCGUGCAACGCACCGACAAUAAGCUCGAUGGCAAACCACCUAUCUGUCUAGCUGCAAACAAUGGACAGUGCGUCACGCAAUACUACUUCAGGAAGACGGCCGGUGUGGGUAAUUGGUGUGAUCACGUGGAAGGUGAUGAGUUGGCACCCUAUCUCAAUAGAGAGGGAAUUAGGUCCCUGGACGGACGAGCUUAUGUCACCGCAGACGCAGAAAAAUGUCCAUCAGAGAAAUGUCGUGCAUGUGAGGAAUCGUACACAGACGAAAAAUGCGAUCAGCCCUGUGGUGAAGGUAAUGUAGUUGGUAUCUUUAAAAUCGACGUGACUCCAGGCGCCGCUUCCGCCUAUACCUACGGUAUGGGCAGAAGUCUCCGAUGCUCUCACAACGCUGACCAGGAGGGCAAUUAUGCGAUCAUCCCCGACCGCGAGAGAUGUACCGGUACGUUCCCCAUGAAAACGUGGAAGCGUACGUGCAAUUACACCGAGUCGGGACUUACGCUCGGUGGCUUCUCGUUUGAGUCCAUCAAUACGUUCUAUCGCGGAGGUGAGACUAUCCCCGAUCAUGUGGAGCCGGCUGCGGUUGAGCCUGACGUGAAGAGUGUCACCUUCACGUCCGGAGUGGUGAUGGAUGCAGAUGUCGACAUCGAGAACAUGGGCGGAGCAGCGCAGGUCUUUACCGUGACACUCGAAGCCACCGUCAGUCAGGUGUUCAAGAAAUCAGCCUCGUUCAUUGCCGAUACCACCACGGAGCUUAUGGAACACAUUCACGCGGAGGGGCCCAACAGCACCAGCAGUCUGGCACCCGGUGACAGUGAAUCUCUGGCAUACCAUUUCGCGGAACCCGCCCAAACAAACGUGUAUGCACCCGCGGAUGACGACUUUGACACAUUUAUGGGAACGUCAAAGAAUGAUGUCAGACAUCUCAUGACACUGGCCGGUGGUGAUGCGCUCGUUGAAGGAGGUGGUGGCAACAGUAUGGUUACGAUUACGGGUACCUACUCUACCCAAAUGGUCGUGGAGUUUGUGUACGAUCGGUGUGAUGCGGAUUCGGCUACAUACUACAACAACGAGAACGCCAAAUGCACAGACGAUGUGGUGGUAGAAGAUCCGGUGGUUGACGUAGGGGAUGUAGGAGUGGUCUAGUGAAACUUGUUAGCACUGUACAUAGGAUAUAAAUCGAGUUAUAUACACUUAUCAAGCUUAGUGGACUUGCUCAGUUGAG